AUGUUGAAUUCUGAUAGGAAAUGUAAAAUCACCGAUACCCCUAAGUUUGGGCGAUCCAAGGUCUUCCCUGAGGACCAUGAGCCGUGCCACAUGCGAAUACUUGAUCCGGGUAGUGAAAUUGUGCUGAAAUGGAACAAGGUUUUCAUUGUUUCUUGCUUGAUGGCACUCUUUGUCGAUCCAUUGUAUUUUUACUUGCCUAGUAUAGGAGGGGUUAAUGAUUCUUGGUGCGUGAAAUCAGAUGUGAGUUUACGGAUUGUCGUGACAUUUCUCCGUACAAUUGCCGAUCUUUUCUAUCUGUUGCAUGUGGUGAUUAAGUUCAGGACGGCUUAUGUGGCUCCCAGUUCACGGGUGUUUGGAAGGGGUGAGCUUGUCAGGGAUCCUAAGAAGAUUGCCCGGAGAUAUAUAAGAUCUGACUUCUUGAUUGAUCUUAUUGCCACACUGCCUCUGCCUCAGAUUGUCAUCUGGUUCAUUAUACCAGAAAUGAGAAGCCGACGAGCUAACCAUAAUAACAAUGCCCUUGCACUGAUUGUCCUACUACAAUAUGUUCCCAGGUUAUAUCUCAUUUUUCCAUUAAGUUCAGAAAUUAUUAAAGCGACUGGAGUUGUCACCAAAUCUGCUUGGGCUGGAGCUGCGUAUAAUUUGCUGCUCUACAUGCUGGCUAGUCAUGUCUUAGGGGCAGCAUGGUAUGUGCUAUCAGUCGAUCGAUACUUGUCUUGCUGGAAAUCAAUAUGCAAGAAAGAAAUCAGCCCCGGAAGAUGCUUUCUUGAAUAUUUGGAUUGCGACACUUCAAACCAUGACGAACGAAGUAUUUGGGUUAACACAACGAAUGUGUUCAGAAGUUGUGAUCCCGACAAUGAAAAUAUUACUUUCAACUUCGGGAUAUUUGAGAAUGCAGUUUCAAAGAAUGUUGUCUCUUCAAGUUUUCUUCGAAAGUACUUCUAUUGCUUGUGGUGGGGUUUACAGAAUCUAAGUUCAUAUGGACAAAAUCUGUCAACAAGUACAUUUAUUGGGGAAACGUCAUUUGCCAUACUCAUUGCUAUCUUGGGUCUUAUUUUGUUCGCACAUCUUAUUGGAAAUAUGCAGACAUACCUGCAGUCUUUAACAAUAAGGCUCGAGGAAUGGAGACUUAAGCGAAGAGACACUGAGGAGUGGAUGCAGCAUCGUCAACUUCCAGAAGAUUUAAGGAAACGUGUUCGGCAGUUUGUUCAAUAUAAGUGGCUUGCAACUAGAGGAGUAAAUGAGGAAACUAUUCUACUUGGCUUACCCUCUGAUCUCCGUCAUGAUAUACAAUUUCAUCUGUGUUUGGACCUUGUUCGACGUGUUCCAUUUUUCUCACAAAUGGACGAUCAGUUGCUUGAGGCAAUAUUCGAGGUGCUAGUCUCCUCUUUGAGCACCAAGGGCACGUACAUUGUACGUGAGGGUGAUCCCGUGACAGAGAUGCUCUUCAUCAUCCGAGGUCGACUUGAAAGUUCUACGACAAAUGGAGGACAGACGGGUUUCUUCAAUUCCAUUACCCUGAGACCAGGAGAUUUUUGUGGGGAGGAGCUACUUGCAUGGGCUUUGCUUCCAAAAUCAACCGUCAACUUACCUUCUUCAACUAGAACAGUGAGAGCACUUGUUGAAGUCGAAGCUUUUGCAUUGCGAGCCGAAGAUCUCAAGUUUGUAGCUAACCAAUUUAGACGACUCCACAGCAAGAAGUUGCAGCAUACAUUCCGCUUUUACUCACAUCACUGGAGAACAUGGGCAGCAUGUUCCAUACAGGCUGCUUGGAGACGGUACAAGAGGAGGAAGAUGGCAAAAGAUCUGGUGACCAUGGAAUCGUUUACAUUGGACGAGAUGACAGCAUUGGACUCCAAAGAGGUAGAACAGAAUGAGGGCACUGACAGUUCAAACUCUGGUCGGAUAUCAAAACUUGGGGUCACAAUUUUGGCUUCAAAAUUUGCUGCGAGUACAAGAAGUGCUCAGAAGAUUAGAGACCUAGGGUCACCAAAAUUACAGAAACCCGAAGAGCCAGACUUUUCAGUCGAGGCUGAUGAUUAG